AUGAGUAAUUCAAUUAGCAAAGGGUUAAAAUCAACAUUCUUUAAAAAAGAAACAUCAUCUCUAAAAGAAAAAGAAAAAGAAAAAGAAAAAGAAAAAGAAAAAGAGAAAGGGAAAGAAAAAGAAAAAGAAAAAGAUAAAAUAAAAGAGAAAGAGAAAGAGAAAGAUAAAGAUAAAAUAAAAGAAAAAGAGAAAGAAAAAGAUGUAAAAAAAUCAGAACCAAUAUCGACACCAACCAAUACAAGUCCAACCAAUUCAACAUUAUUCUCAUCACUCGAUACCUCUGAUGCACAUUUAUUAAGUACACCCACCACUGGUGGAUCAAGGUUAUCUGUUAGUUCAGUAGCAAAACAGUUAAAAGAUAAACAAAAUGUAAAUAGUACCCAACCAAAUAAUAAUAAUAAUAAUAAUUCACCACCUUUAUCAAGUACACCACCAACUACAACCAGUACACCAAGUGCUGUAAAAUCAAUGCCAUAUAGACCAAUACGUUCAGCAACAACAAAUUUACCAAACACAACACCAACACCAACCACAACCACAACAGAAAAAGUUGAAGGAUCUGUAUUUUUUAAUAAGAAACCUUUAAAUAGUACCAAUAAUAAUAAUAAUAAUAAUACCCAUGCUGUAAUGUCAUCAUCAACACCAACAUUGCCAUCAGUUACAUUAAAUCGAUUUAAAAAUGCAGCUCAACCAAAUUCAACAAAUUCACCAAAUACGACAUCACAACCAUCAUUUAUUAAAAAAUCACCAACAUUCACUUCUUCAACAUCACCAACUUUAUUAUCAUCAUCAACUGGAGAUUUAUCAUCAACUUCAUCAUCAUUGUCAUCAACAACAGGUAGAAAAUUACCAACACUACCAAGUCAAAGUAGAUUCAUUUUAUCACCAACUGAAUCAUCAUAUGAUACAAGUAGUUUUUGUGGAAGUAGUAAUAAUAGUUCAACAUGUAGUAGUUUAGCUUCAUCAACAUCUUCAUUACCAAGUUUUUCACCUUCAAAUGGUAAUGGUUUUGCAUCUGUGAAACCAGUUGUAGAAAAGACAACAAACACAAAUACCACACCACCAACAUUAUCAAGACAAAAUACACCACCAAACGUUUCAACAUUUUCAUCAAAUCAAACCACACCAUCAACACACUCAUCAGCACCAACAACACCAUUAUCAACAUCUGCAACUAAUUCACCAACGAUUACAUCACAACAAUCAUCAAUUAUGAAAUCAAAAAGACCAGCAUUACCACCAAGAAAUGAACUACAAUCAAAUGCUGGUGUUAUGGUUGUACCAAAAUUAAAACCAACUCAAACUAAUCAACAUAAACCACCACUUUCACCAACUAAUGAAGCUCAAAGAUUAUUUUUAAAGAAAGCAAUUAAUGUUGAUGAUGAAGAAAAAUCAAAUUCAAGUGAUGAUGAAAAUUCACCAAGAAAUUCAACUUCAACAACUACAACUACAACAACUACAACUACAAAACCAACCACAAAACCCACAACAACAACAACAAAUAGUAAUAAUAAUAAUUCAAAUACUACAUCACAAACAAAAUCAAGUACAUCAUCAGAAACAACAACAACAACAACAACAACAGAAUCAAAAAUUGAAUCACCAAUAAUAAAUAAAAAGAAAUCAGAUCCAAAAUCAGAUUUAAUUCAAAGAAAUUAUUUAGUACAAGAAUUAUUAUCAACUGAAAAGAAAUAUGUAAAUAAUUUAAAUAGAAUUAUAACAAUAUUUUUAAUGCCAUUAAGAAAUAAGAUACAAUCAAAGGAUAAAAUAUUGAAUAUGGAAGAGAUUAAUCAAAUCUUUUCAAAUAUUGAAACCAUUUUUAAUAUUCAUAAAACGUUUUUAGUCGAUUUUGAAAGUCGAAUUGAAAAUUGGACAGAGACGAGUAAAUUGGGUGACGUUUUUAGAAAGAUGAAACCAUACUUAAACUCUUAUAAAAUCUACUCCAACGCUUACAAUGGCAGUAUGUUAACCAUUAGAAGUUUAAUGAAAUCCUCACCAUCAUUUGCAAAUUUUCUACAGAAAUGUUUGGAGAAACCAGCUUCAAAAGGUUUGAAUUUAUCCAGUUAUUUAAUUAUGCCAAUCCAACGUAUACCUCGUUAUCGUUUGCUAUUGGAGUCCAUUAUAAAGUACACUCCAACCACUCAUGAGGAUUACCAGGAUUUGGUGUUGGGCAAUCAGGAGAUCUCCUUGUCCGCUAUGGAAAUCGAUGAGAAGCUAGCACAGUACCAAAUCGCUCACAAGGUAUUGGAUAUUCAAAAUAGUUUGAAUGGCUUGGAAGAGGAUAUUGUCACGCCAACUCGUGUGUUCCUAAAGGAGGGUGACUUGAAGAAGAUCUCGGAUCGUGUUGUAAAUACUCGUCAUUUCUUUCUGUUUAAUGAUUUAUUGAUUUAUUGUAAAAAGGAGAGAAAGAAUACCUAUCGUUUCAAAGCUUCUUUUCCUCUAUUGACCUGUUGGGUUAAAGAUAUACCCGAUACUCAAAGAUUCAAUAAUCUCUUUCAAAUCAUUUCAACAAAGAAAACUUAUUUCCUUAGUGCUCCAUCAAGUGAAGAGAAACAUUCUUGGAUGAAACUUUUAAAUGAAGUCAUUGAUAAAAUGGUUCAACAAAAUCCUGAAUGUUUAUCACAACGUCAAACUAUUUAUGAAAGACGUGGUUCAAUGUCUCCAACUGAACUAUUCAAUAGUUUAGAGAAAUCAAUUCCAAUUGGUUUUGAAAAUGGUGGUGGUGCUAUAAAUUAUAAUAGUACAAAUAGUAUUGGUGGUGGUAUUAUUGAUAAUUUAAAUAUUAAUACAGAUAAUGCAACCAAUAGUAAUGGAGGCGGUAGUAGUUUAAAUGUUUCUUAUAAUGGUAUUUCAAAUGGUCAUGGUAGUGUUGGUCCAAUUAAUCAUUCAAACAGUAACAAUAAUAAUAAUAAUAAUAAUAAUAAUAAUAACAAUAGUAGUAGCAAUAAUAAUAAUAAUAGUAUAACAAAUAGUAAUAGUACCAGUAGUGGAGAUUUAAAUACGAAGUCAAUUUGGUUAAAAGAUCAAAUGACAAAAGCUUGUAUGUUAUGUACUUCAAGUUUUACAAUGACAAGAAGAAGACAUCAUUGUAGAAAAUGUGGUAAAAUAUUUUGUAAUGAUUGUUGUCCAGUUCAAGAUUUAUCUCAAUAUCUUCAAGGUAAAAAAGUUAGAGUUUGUAAAACUUGCUUUGAAGAGAUUGAGGUUCAACUCAUGGUAAUGAGUAAUAUGGAAGAAAUUAGAAUCGAAGAAGAAUCAAACAGUUUUAAAUAA